AUGGAACCUUUCCCCUCACACUCUCCCGGGUUUGUGAACCUUUUAGUUUCGCAGAGCAGUCCAUCUAUAGACUUUGACUCUGCUGAGGCAUUAGGUAACUCGCCCGGGUUAGUUAAACCUUUGGAAAGGAGAAAGUGGGGUGUGAAAGAAGAUCUUGUGCUCAUUAGCGCUUGGUUGAACACGAGCAAGGAUCCCAUAGUCGCUAAUGAGCAGAAGGUAGUGGCCUUUUGGAAGAGAAUAGAGCUGUAUUUCAACUCAAGCCCUCAGAUGAUUGGCUCCGUUCCUAGAGAAUGGAGCCAAUGUAAGAAGAGGUGGGGAAGGGUGAAUGCGGAGGUGAGCAGGUUCGUUGGUUGCCAUGAAGCAGCUUUGAAGGAGCAGUCGAGCGGGCAAAAUGAGAAUGAUGUCAUGAAAGCUGCACAUAACUUUUUCUUCAAUGACUACAACCUCAAAUUCACACUUGAACAUUGCUGGAGGGAGCUGAGGAGAAGAGGAAGGAACCAGCUCCGGAGGUCGUACCUGACGAUGGAGAUGUUAGGCCUCCGGGAGUGA